GGGGGAGACAAAAUGAGCACCGACAUCCGAGUGAGCCGCGUCCGGCCACCGCUCCAUGACCGCAGUGAGAAGGAUGCUGCAGCAAGCUCUUCGAGUAUCCGGCCGGAGCGCCUUCCCCCUGGUCAAGUGGAUGGAGAGAUGGGCCGAGGGCGCGUCGGCCGCUGCGCACGGUGCCAAGGACCUGAGGACGCUGGACGACAUGCCCGGGCCGUCCGUGGCCAGCUUCGCCUGGGACCUGUUCGCCAGACGGGGGCUGUCCAGGCUUCACGAGUUACAGCUGGAAGGGCUGCAGCGCUAUGGUCCCAUGUGGAAGGCCAGCUUCGGCCCCAUCCUGACAGUUCACGUGGCUGACCCGGCGCUCAUCGAGCAGGUGCUGAGGCAGGAGGGCAAGCACCCCAUGCGCUCCGACCUCUCCUCCUGGAAGGACUACAGGAAGCUCAGGGGGCAUCACUACGGACUCUUGACAUCUGAGGGGGAGGAGUGGCAGGCGGUGAGAAGCCUCCUGGGGAAGCACAUGCUGCGGCCGAAGGCAGUGGAAGCUUACGAUGAAACCCUGAACAGCGUGGUCAGUGACCUCAUUGCCAAACUUCGCCUCAGCAGACGCCCCGGAGGCCUCGUCACUGAUAUCGCCAGCGAGUUCUAUCGCUUCGGCCUCGAGGGUAUUUCCUCCGUGCUGUUUGAUUCCAGAAUUGGUUGCCUGGAUCCCGUGGUUCCUGAAGAGACAGAACGUUUCAUCCAGUCGAUCAACACUAUGUUUGUGAUGACGCUUCUUACUAUGGCCAUGCCUAGCUGGUUGCACAAGCUGUUCCCUAAACCCUGGAACGUCUUCUGUCAGUGCUGGGACUACAUGUUUGAUUUCGCAAAAGGUCAUAUCGACCAGCGGCUGACAACCGAGGCAGAGAAAAUUGCUCGUGGAGAAAAGGUGGAGGGCCGUUAUCUCACCUACUUCCUGUCCCAGACUGCACUGCCCAUAAAGACGGUCUACAGCAACGUCACAGAGCUGCUCCUUGCAGGAGUUGACACGAUCUCCGGCACGAUGUCCUGGUCCCUGUAUGAGCUGUCCCGUCACCCUGAGCUGCAGGUCUUGCUCCGGAAUGAGGUGUUGAGCGCUCUGGAGGGUCGGAGGGUAGCGGAGGCAGCAGAUGUUGCUCGUAUGCCUCUCCUGAAGGCCACAGUCAAAGAAGUGCUCAGGUUGUACCCGGUUAUUCCUGCAAAUGCACGGGUCAUCCCAGAAACAGACAUCCAGGUUGGAGGAUACCUCAUCCCUAAAAAUACUCUGAUCACCCUCUGCCAAUAUGCAACCUCACGGGAUCCGGCAGUGUUUCUAAAUCCAGAUGAAUUCCAGCCUCAUCGAUGGCUGAACAAAGACCAGGCUCAUCACCCGUACGCCUCUCUACCGUUUGGCGUGGGAAAACGCAGCUGCAUAGGUCGUCGUAUCGCUGAGCUGGAGCUCUAUCUCGCCCUUGCCAGGAUCCUUGUAGAGUUCGAUGUGAAGCCAGACCCAGAAGGGGUUACCGUGAAGCCCAUGACACGGACGCUUCUAGUUCCUGACAAUGUCAUUAGCCUCCAGUUUAUCGAACGAUGACCUGCUCCCCCCCAAGCUGAUCAGUUACGUGAAUGUGAGUCCUCUCUGCAGCAGGGAACACUGGCAGGCGGAGCCACCACUGGAACCGUGAGCCUGCCACACACAGUGGAUCAUAUCAGGGCAGACCUUUAACCGUCAACACAACUCAGACCAAAGCGCUCCGACCUGUCACCUCGGCUGCAGAGGCCUGGGGAAAAGGACAAAUGAACAAAGGAGGAGGAGCAACGACUCGUCACUAAAACUUCCACAGGGAGCGGUGUAACUCCAAAUUUAAAGCUGUGUAUUUUAAUGAGAUCACCGUUAAGCACUUAAGUAUUUGCACAAGCAAGUUAAUGAUCUCCAACACAGUUCACAAAGAUGUUCAUUGAGUCAAGCGGGGUACACUUCAUGGAAUUUGAUGCAAUAUGUAAAGAAUUUGGAGCUGAGAUUUUUCAGAAAUCGGGUAGCCCUGCCUAAACCUGAUUAUGAACCGUUCAGUGCAGCAGUAUCAACAACUUCCUGUGGUGAUCAGGCAAAAAAGAGCCUGUUUGUAUGUUUUAUUUCUCUUUAAAUUGGAUAUAGACGGUGUAAAUGAUUGUUAUCAGAACCUUAGACACAUGGCACAUGGAGAUACUGUUUCUAAUACCUCCAGCUACUGUGAAAGAGUCGUGUAGAUAUGAUCAGUGUAUUGAUCAAAGUGUAUUUUGGUGCUUGUGGUUAAAAACUGUUUGUAACUGGUUCAUUUUUAUUUUGGAAAAGAAAUGGCAGCUGUUGAAAUGAUUCCUGUGUAGGGAUACAAGUAGUGCCACUGAAAUCUGGAAAGUAGGCUUUGUAAAUGUCAAUAUUUGUCUCUAAAAUGUAAAUGAACGCCUUGAUUCAUUAGUGCAGCACAAUGUCUUUAAUUUGUCUUAUUUUUUUACAACUAUUACCUAUGAGUGAUAUAUCAGCAUUUUGUAAACUUGGUAAGCUUCUGUAUUUAUUUUUAAUUUAACAAACUUUGGAACUGUUACUGUAAACGUCAAUAAAAGGUUUCGAGUUGCA